AUGGCGAUUACAAAGCGAAUCGGUCGCAACAAACAAGUCAGAGAGCAACCCGCCAAAAGGGGGGGAGUCAAGAAGGCUGAGUUUGAUGUCCAUAAGAAGAAGGAGGUUGGUGUAUCCGAUCUGACACUUCUAUCCACAAUCAGUGACAACUCAAUCAACGAGAACUUGGAAAAAAGAUUCAAAAAUGGUACGAUCUAUACCUAUAUCGGUCAUGUGUUGAUUUCAGUCAAUCCAUUCAGAGAUUUGGGGCUGUACACGGAUGCCAUCCUUAACAGUUAUCGAGGUAAGAAUAGAUUGGAGGUUCCUCCACAUGUGUUUGCUAUUGCGGAAUCAAUGUUUUACAACAUGCAAGCGUACGCAGAGAGUCAGUGUGUUAUUAUUUCUGGUGAGUCUGGUGCAGGGAAGACCGAGGCUGCCAAACAAAUCAUGCAGUAUAUUGCUGCCGUCAGUGGUGGGCAGUCUUCGUCCCAAAUUCAGCAGAUCAAAGAUAUGGUCUUGGCCACCAAUCCUUUAUUGGAGUCAUUUGGGUGUGCUAAGACCUUGAGGAAUAAUAACUCCUCAAGACAUGGUAAAUACUUAGAAAUUCAGUUCAAUGCAGGCUAUGAACCAAUCGGAGCCCACAUCACCAAUUAUUUGCUAGAAAAACAAAGAGUGGUUGGUCAAAUUCGAAAUGAAAGAAACUUUCACAUUUUCUACCAGUUUACUAAAAGUGCUAAUGAAAACUAUCGUUCGACUUUUGGUGUACAGCUUCCCGAACAGUACGUCUAUACAAGUGCAUCUGGUUGCACUACUGUUGACACGAUAGAUGAUGUUAAAGAGUACAAAGACACUCUAAAAGCCAUGCAAACAAUAGGCCUUACCCAAGAUGAGCAGGACCAAGUUUUUCGAAUUCUGGCCGCUAUCUUAUGGAUUGGUAACAUCUCCUUUGUUGAAAACGAGGAUGGAAAUGCUCAAAUUAGAGAUUCUUCCGUAACCGAUUUCGUUGCAUACCUACUUCAGGUAAACGCCCAGAUUCUUACAAACUCACUGAUCGAACGUAUUGUGGAAACAAGUCACGGAUCGAAACGUGGGUCUAUUUAUCACGUUCCUUUGAACAUCACUCAGGCAACUGCUGUCAGAGAUGCUCUCUCUAAAGGUAUCUAUAGUAAUCUUUUCGAUUGGAUUGUUGAUAGGACCAACAAAUCCUUAGCUCACAUAAGUGAAACUGUUCACAAGACCAUUGGAAUUUUGGAUAUUUAUGGGUUUGAAAUUUUUGAACAGAAUUCUUUUGAACAGUUAUGUAUCAAUUAUGUCAACGAAAAAUUACAACAGAUUUUUAUUCAGCUGACCCUGAAAUCUGAACAGGAUGAGUACGUCAAGGAGCAAAUUCAGUGGACGCCUAUCAAGUACUUCAACAACAAGAUUGUAUGCGAUUUGAUUGAAGCUAAGAGGCCACCAGGAAUUUUCUCCAUUUUAGACGAUGCUUGUGCGACAGCUCAUGCUGAUAGUAGUGCAGCAGAUCAAGCAUUUUCUCAAAGACUGAACAUGAUUGCAACGAACCCUCAUUUCGACUUACGUUCGUCAAAGUUCGUUAUCAAACAUUAUGCCGGUGACGUCACCUACGACAUCGAUACUAUUACUGACAAAAAUAAGGAUCAGAUGCUAAAGGAUCUUUUAGAAAUGAUCAAAACCUCACAGGACUCGUUUCUGUUGAGUCUUUUCCCUGAACCUGUCGAAACCAAUGCUGGUGGUAGAAAAAAUCGACCAACUACGGCAAGUGCAAAAAUCAAAACUAGUGCUAACUUAUUGGUGGACACCCUCUCACAAGCUCAACCUUCAUACAUCCGAACGAUCAAACCAAAUCAAAACAAAUCCCCCACUGAGUACGACGAUAGAGCUGUACUGCAUCAGGUGAAAUACUUGGGUUUGCAAGAGAAUGUUCGUAUCAGAAGAGCUGGUUUUGCUUAUCGACAGACAUUUGAAAAGUUUUCUGAGCGGUUUUACUUGUUAUCAACAAAGACAUCUUAUGCAGGUGAUUAUAUUUGGGAAGGAGACCAUAAGUCAGCCUGCACAGUUAUUCUUAAAGACGCUGGCAUUCCCGAAACAGAAUGGCAAGUUGGAGUGACUAAGAUCUUCAUUAAGAAACCUGAGACCCUGUUUUCUUUAGAGUCAAUGAGAGAGAACUACUGGGCAAAUAAGGCAAAAGUUAUCCAACGUGCCAUCCGUAGAUGGUUCAAAGUUAGAGUUGACGCUGCCAAGACCUUGCAAAGGAUCAUCCGUGAGAAGAAAGGUGGUAAUGUUUACGAGCAAUUGAGAGAUUACGGUACAUCUCUAGUUAUUCACAAAAAGGAGAGACGGAGAAUGUCCAUGUUGGGAAGCAGACAAUACACGGGAGACUAUCUUGGUUGUAACGAUAAAUCGGGUUUUGGUCGGUUCUUAAUCUCUCAAGUGGGCAUCAAUGAUAGAAUAAUCUUUUCAUUCCGUGGAGAAAUUCUACACGCCAAGUUUGGUAGAUCUUCAGUCAGGGUGCCUCGUAUUUUCCUUUUGACAAGAUCUACCUUCUAUAUGAUUGCGGAGGAAGUCAUCGAAAGAAAGAUCUCGUAUAAUGUGGAUUCGAUUUCUGUUAAUUCAAUAUCGUAUGUUGGUAUGUCGAAUUUGGCUGACGAUUGGUUGGCCAUUUCGUUAAUAGGGGGAACAAGGCCUGAUCCAUUUAUCAAUCUUAAAUUCAAAACUGAGUUAGUCACCCAUCUGAAGAAUAUAAAUCGAGGACUGAGUAUACAAAUCGGGCCUACAAUUCAAUAUUACAAGAAGCCUGGCAAGAUCCACACUAUCAAGACCCAACAAUCUACUGCUGUACCCUUAAAUGGAGACGUGUACAAAUCAGGAACUAUUCAAGUGGCUCCAGGGCUUUCAGCCUCUUCUGUAUCCAAAGAAAGACCAAAGGGAAAAAACACAGGUACUGCAGUUUACAGAUAUCGUACUGGUGUGGAAGUUUCAAACUCAUAUUCCCAACGCAGUAACAACUAUGGGGCCGCGGCAAACUCAGGAUUUGCUAAUCCGCAUGCUCAAUCUGUUCCAGUUGCAGCUGUUCAGCCAACUCAACGAAAAAAGGUCCCUCCACCUCCUCCACAACAGCAAAAACCAAGAACUUCAAACAUUCCUGGCGCCGUACCUGUUCCUCAGGUUCAGCGGAUUCAACCAACUCAACCUGUUCAGCCGACUCAGCACUCUCAACCUGUUCAGCCAACGCAACGCACUCAACCUGUUCAACGCUCGCAGCCAACUCAGCCUAUAGAGCCUGUUAAGAAGAACAUUCCACCUCCUCCGCCACCUCCACCAGCAGUUGAAACUCCAAAAUAUCCAACCUACAAAGCAGCCUAUGAAUUUCAAGGAACGGGCAGUCCUUCUGAAUUACCAAUCCAAAAGGAUCAAAUUGUUUAUAUCCUCCAAAAGGAGGAAAAUGGUUGGUGGUUAGCAAAGACUCUAGAUGAAGCUAAGGAGGGUUGGGUCCCUGCUGCCUAUGUAGUGGAGUGUGCUCCACCUGCUACUAAGGCAGUCCCAGUCCAAGCACAACCUGCAGCUCCGCAAGUGGCUCCGCAAGUAGCCUCGACCAAUGGUUCUGUAUCAAACCCCUUAGCUGGUGGACUUGCUGCAGCACUAAUGCAAAAGAAGCAAGAUGAGUCUACGUUAGCCGGAGGGUUGGCCGCUGCAAUUCGCCAGAAGGCUAGACGUGAUAGUGAUGAAGAAGAGGAAGAAGACGAUGAUUGGUAA